AUGCUACCUUCCGUAGCCACUUUGUGCUGCCGGAAUGGCGCAACAAUGUCCGUCAUGGUUGCUAAAUUACCCCUUAUACUAGCGGUCAAGAAACCAGCGUCUAACCUGUAUGGAGCUCCACCACCAGCCGCGGCGAGGCUCGUUCUCAGACCCGGAGGGCCACAAGUUAGAUGGUUCUCCCUGACAGCCUCCAUAAGGCGGCAAAAUGCGGAGGUAGCAUCGCACCCAGAGGAGAACUUUGGCACCCUGUCCGCCGACAUAGCCUCCCGAAGGUCCUUCAGAAAAGUUAGCCCCGAGGUAUUGGACAUGAGCUACCAAGAAGACGACGACGACCAGAAGCCGAAAGAACCAUUACGUAGGCCCGGGAGGAGAAAUACAACCUACUGGUACUUCUUACAGUGCAAGAAACUGAUUAAAGCUGAGAAGCUUCAGGAGGCAUUGGAGUUGUUCGAGAGCGAGAUGCUGCGAGGGGAGAGGCUGCAGCCGGAGGAGUACAACUACAGCGUGCUAAUCGGAGGCUGCGGACGAGCAGGCCAGCUCAAGAAGGCUUUCAAGCUCUACAACAAUCUGAAGAAACGAGGUCUGGAGGCAUCUGAUGCCACCUACACGGCUCUAUUCAACGCUUGUGCGGAGUCACCACAUAAACACAUGGCUCUGGAACACACGCUCAAGCUGGAACAGGAGCUGAAACGCAAGAACGUCACCCUCUGCGUGGCCACCUACCACGCCAUCCUCAAGACACACGCGUUCCACAACAAUCUACAAGCCUGCAUACACACGAUCAAGGAAAUGUUAGAUAUUGGUCAUACUGUCACUCAGGAAACGUUUCACUACUUGCUGAUGGGAUGUCUGAAGGACAAAGAGCUUGGCUUCAGGCUGGCUUUGCAGGUGUGGCGGCAGAUGCUCAAGUCUGGCCUCAUUCCGGACUCCAAGAACUACAACCUGCUCUUGAGGACUGCAAGGGAUUGUGGGAUUGGUGACCCCGCGCUGGCCUUCAGCCUCUUGCUCCUGUCAAAUGAGUCACAUGUGAAGUCACGUAAAGGAGUUGACAUUGACCUUCUCGAGCGUCAGCUACUUGUCCAACCUGAAAUCCAAAGUUGUGGUGGUGAGACAAAAAACUCCUUGGUGCCACCCAGACAGGCAGAAAGUACACUCUAUCCCGUUAGUGUUACCCCAAACCUGCUGGACCUGCUUGAGGGAAAGAGCGACGGCAGCGUGAUCUCCUUCGGAGAUGUUGAAGGAGCAUCCAACAGGCUGGCUUUGCUGGGUGGAGGCCAAGGUUUCCUGGAGAAAAUGACAGCUGGCGGGCUGGAGCCAGACCUGCGGACUCUGACACUGUUGGCUGACAUCAUGGUGCCCGGUGUACAAUCUUUGGAGAUGCUCUUGAAGGUGGCCAAACAGCACCGUAUCAAACUGGAUGCUGCCUUCUUCAACACGGUCAUCCACAGGACUGCCAGAAGUGGAGACCUAGAUGGAGCCAAGGACGUGUUGAGAGUGAUGCGGCAGCGCAAGAUGAGCAUCAGUGUGCAGACAUUUGGGAGCCUGGCAAUGGGAUGCCAGAAACAGAAAGAUGGCCUUCAACUACUCCAAGACAUGGAGGAGGCGGGUUUACAGCCCAACGCGCACGUGUUCUCCACACUGAUUGGCCGAGCGAGUCGGCGUCUGGAUUAUGUUUACCUGAAAACACUGCUGAAAAGUAUGCGUGAUAAGGGAGUGUGGCCAAACGUGGUCAUCAUCAAACAGCUGGAGUUCGCAGCACAGUAUCCUCCCAACUAUGACCAGUACAAGUCUCGCAACAACUAUUUGGUUCAGAUUGAUGGCUUCCGCGGGUACUACGAGCAAUGGUUGCAGACCAUGCCGGCCCAGGGCGACCAGGACGAUCAGCAGGACUCAAGUGUGGCAACUGUCAAAAGUCAAGCCCAGCUGAUGGAGGGCGCAAAAAAAGAAAGUGGGGUGGAGAGGAUCAAAGUGAGGAACCACACGGGGAAAAACUCAUCUUAG